CGGCCGUAACCAUGAGCCAAUGAGCAGGUGCAUGCGGAAUACGUCAGACGCAAUGCGACUCCUUCCACCAUCCUCCCCCGACGCGCCUCGGGACCGCUGAAACCCACUUUAAACUCGUGGGGGUCUUGACUGCCCCCAUGUGCAUCUCGCAGCUCAUGCUACUGCAGGUGUUCUUCCUGAUGGUUCCCGAGGGCGUCUGGCUUCAGCCUUCCUCUCCGUCAGGGGCUGCACCCACCCCUUCGGACGUGGGGCCAGCGUCGCCUGGAGGGACCCUUCAAUCCUCGGAGGGAUCUGAAACUCCCUGGCCUGUGCCUGGAAUCUCUACGGUGGGCCCUACGGUAGUGACCCCCUCUGCACCUGAGAAUGGGACCGUAGACCUCUUCCCAGCCUUACCGGUCUGUGUCUGUGACUUGACUCCUGGUACCUGCGACAUAAAUUGCUGUUGCGACAGGGACUGCUACCUUCUCCAUCCGAGGACGGUUUUCUCCUUCUGCCUUCCGGGCAGCGUGAGGUCUUCGAGUUGGAUGUGUGUGGACAACUCUCUUAUCUUCAGGAGUAAUUCCCCAUUUCCUUCGAGAGUUUUCAUGGAUUCAGGUGGAGUAAGGCAGUUUUGUGUCCUUGUGAACAACUCAAGAUUAAACUAUUUCCAGAAGCUCCAAAAGGUCAAUGCAACCAACUUCCAGGCCUUGGCUACAGAGUUUGGAGGCGAAUCAUUCACUUCAACAUUCCAAACCCAGUCGCCACCACCUUUUUACAGGGCUGGGGACCCCAUUUUGACAUAUUUCCCCAAGUGGUCUGUAAUCAGCUUGCUGAGGCAGCCUGCCGGAGUUGGUGCUGGGGGGCUCUGUGCUGAGAGCAAUCCUGCGGGUUUCCUGGAGAGUAAAAGUACAACCUGUGCUCGUUUCUUCAAGAACCUGGCAAAUAGCUGCACCUUGGAUCCAGCCCUCAAUGCUGCCUCUUAUUAUAACUUCACAGUCUUAAAGGUUCCAAGAGGUAUGACUGAUCUGCAGAAUACGAAGUUCCAGGUUCCUGUAACCCUUGUCUCACAGGCUGGUUCUCCUCUCUUGUCUGGAAACAUUUGUCAGAAUGUGGUUUCCCAGGUCAUCUAUGAGAUAGAGACCAAUGGGACUUUUGGAAUCCAGAAAGUCUCUGUCAGUUUUGGACAAACCAACCUGACUGUGGAGCCAGACACUUCCUUACAGCAACAUUUCCUCAUUCGCUUCAGGGCUUUUCAACAGAGCACAGCUGCUUCUCUUACUGGUCCUAGAAGUGGAAAUCCUGGCUAUAUUGUUGGGAAGCCACUUUUGGCCCUAACUGGUGAUAAAAGUCACUCUAUGACCCUCUUGCAGAGCCAGGGUGAUGGAAUCUGCUCUGUUAAAAAACAUGAAGUGCAAUUUGGAGUGAAUGCAAUAUCUGGAUGCAAGCUCAGGCAGAAAAAGGUGGACUGCAGCCACUUACAGCAGGAAAUUUAUCAGACUCUUCAUGGAAAAACCAGCCCAGAACAUGUUGCCAUCUUUGGUAAUGCUGACCCAGCCCAAAAGAGAGAGUGGACAAGGAUUCUCAGCAGGAACUGCAGUGUUUCAGCUAUGCAUUGUACUUCCUGCUGUGUCAUACCAGUUUCCUUGGAGAUCCAGGUAUUGUGGGCAUAUACAGGCCUCCAGUCCAACCCACAAGCUCAUGUGUCAGGAGCCCGAUUCCUAUACCAGUGCCAGUCUAUAAAGGUAAGUUAUGGAGAAGUAGCUUUGACAACUGUUGUGACUUUUGUGGACAUUACCCAGAAGCCAGAGCCUCCAAGGGGCCAACCCAGAAUAGACUGGAAACUACCAUUCGACUUCUUUUUUCCCUUGAAAAUAGCACUCAGCAGAGGAGUAGACUCUCAAAAAGGUUCAGCCUCUCUCAUCCUUAUCCUGUGUCUCUUAGUACUUGGAGUUCUCAAGCUAGAGACCAAGUGAAACAAGAAGUAUCUGAUUUUGGUUUUCCCUAUGGGAAGUUCUGAGACAGCCUACUUAUCUUGGCAAAAUAGGCCCUUACCUGCUCAUGACCAGAGGAGAGCAUUCAGGAUAACAGAGGACCUAACUGAAGGAAUGUUUGUAUAUGAAAGAAGGGAUUUUUGAAAAGCAAUACAAAUAUCUUUGUCUUGGCUCUCUGCUUAGGACUGUGCAGACCACCAAGUACACAUAAGGUUCUCUACUUCUCAAGCUGAGAAGAACACCAGGAGCCCUUCCUCCAGCCCUUCAGGUUGUGUUGUACAUGACUGAAGUUUUGCAAGAUCUUCAUCCACCUGCUCACAGCCACACAUGGGCCCAGCAUAAAAAGGAACAUGCUCCUGCUGUCCCCUGGAUGAACUUGGGAAUAGAUGCCCUCUGGACUUGAGAGCAGCUGACUGUUCACAGAAAACUGCUGUCUAUAGAUUUCAUCCGGCCCCUCCCUACUCCCUUGGGCCACACACUUUGCCUGGGCAUGAGUGGGGAGAGCGAUUGUUUCUAGUCAGUUUCCAAAAUGAAUGUGGAAUCCUAGUCCCCCUUUUUUCACUAGCAAAUGACCCUACCACUUAUUUCUGCAUUUUUCCUUCCACUGUGGUGAGAGGAAAUAAAACUGAUUGAGAGCUUUGUUGUACUAA